CAGGCUAUGAGGGAGACAACUGUGAGAUAGAUAUGGACCUAUGUGCUGUCAACCCCUGUGCAAACGGGGCUACGUGUCAAGAUUUAGAUGACCACUAUCAGUGUGCCUGCCCUCGUGGUCAUGGAGGGGUUCACUGCGAUUUGGAUCUAAAUCUAUGCGAUCCCAAUCCCUGUAACAAUGAUGGUGUGUGCUCUGAGGUAGCCACUAAAAGUGCCAACUACAGUUGUGAGUGCCAGCCUGGGUUCACAGGUCUUCACUGCGAGACAAACCUGAAUGAAUGUACGAAUGAGCCUUGUUCUAAUAAUGGUACAUGCGUCGAUGGCAUCAAUAGCUAUCAGUGUAUCUGUGCGGAUGGUUAUGAGGGACCAAAUUGUGAAGAAAGGAGUGAUCUAUGCAGCCCCAAUCCUUGCCACCAUGACGCACCGUGUGAAGACGAAGGGGAUGACUACUUCUGCACAUGCCCAGCUGGUCUGUCAGGCCAAGACUGUGAGAUUGAAUUGGACCUUUGCCUUGUUGGAGUUACCUGUCUGAAUGGUGGCUCAUGUUCAUCGCCCUCUAGUGACGAACUCUGUCUCUGUAUGGAUGGAUUCAUUGGAGAAUAUUGUGAAAUCAACUUUGACGACUGUGCCAAGAAGCCAUGUGCCAAUAAUGCAAUCUGUAUUGAUGGAGAUAAUACAUUUAUCUGUGAAUGCCAAUAUGGCUUCACUGGUACCCUUUGCAAUAUUCAAAUAGAUGAAUGUGCGUCGUCCCCUUGCCAGAACGGAGGCACCUGUGUGGACAGGAUCAAUGGUUACUUGUGCGAGUGUGUUUCUGGUUUCAAUGGGAUCUACUGUGAGAACAACAAGAAUGAUUGCUUCCCCAGUGCUUGCGAUCACAGUGAGUGCAUUGACGGAAUUGAAUCGUACCUUUGUAGAUGUGAUUCAGGCUACACUGGUCGUGAGUGUAGCAUUGACAUCAAUGAGUGCCAAUCCAACCCCUGUGCCAAUGGUGGCACAUGCUAUGACAUGGUUGAUAUGUUCUCCUGUAACUGCGCAGAAGGAUGGAUCGGUGAACAGUGUGAGAUCAACGUAGAUGACUGUCUGAGCUCCCCUUGCAAAAACUCUGGGAUCUGCAUCGAUGGCCUGCAAUCCUACACCUGUAAAUGCUGGCCUGGAUUUACUGGCCAGGACUGUCAAGUCAACAUCAAUGAAUGCUUCAGCAAUCCCUGUCAAAAUCAUGGCCUCUGCAUUGAUGGAAUCAACUCCUACACCUGUAGCUGUGUGAAUAAGAUGAGAGGCGUUCACUGUCAGAUCAACCCAGGCUUCUGCCAGCCAAACCCCUGCAGGCAUGGUGGCUCCUGUAACGCGACUGGUGCUGGGUUCACUUGCCAAUGUGAGACUGGUUUUAAAGGGGAUUUUUGUCAGACUAAUGUCGAUGAUUGUGUCGGUCACCAAUGCCAAAAUGGAGCCAGCUGUAGAUCAGAUAUCUGUGCUGCUGAGCCAUGUCAGAAUAAUGCUCAAUGUGUCCCAUCUUCCCUCGGCACUCGACACUGUGUGUGCCCACAAGGUUUCACAGGUGUGAGGUGUGAGGUUGAAAUCAACAACUGUAAGCCUGACCCGUGUCUUCAUGGAAGUACAUGCAUCAAUGGUUUGAACGCUCACUCCUGCCUUUGUCCACCUGGCUACACUGGGGACCAGUGUGAGGAAGACAUUGAUGAUUGUGUAGGACAUCUCUGUCAAAAUGGGGCUCAGUGCAUUGACGGCUUGAAUGAAUACCGGUGCAAGUGUCAACGAGGAUUCGUCGGCACAUACUGCCAUGAUUCUGCCCCAUGUGAUUAUGAUAUGGUGUUUCAGAGCAAUACAUCCAGCCAGUCUGUCACCAUAGAGCAAGCCGUGGAGGAGAGCCUGCAAGCUUUCACCCUGUCCCUGUGGAUUCGAAGCACCCUCUCGCCGACAACCGAUGCAGUAAUACUGUCCUACAUGGCACCAGGUAGUAGCCCAACACUUCAAGCAGCUGAGUUUGCCAUCAGUGAUCCUCGGGCUCUGACUAUCUUUAUCAAGGGAUACCAGUAUUCCACGUUGGUCAGUGUAAACGACGAUCAUUGGCAUCAUCUUGCCGUCUCUUGGAAUGAACACGGAGGGAAUCUGAUAAUCUAUACAGAUGGUCAUGUAGUCCAGAACCAACAUCUUAUAAGACCUGGUCGCCGUAUCGAUAGAGGAGGGAAAUUCACACUUGGAGAGAUACAUGGCUCAGCAUCCACUAGUAAGCUACAUAGUGCAGUAAGUGGUGUAAACAUGUGGGAUACAGCAUUAGAUGGGUCAGUGAUUAGCAACCUUGCUAGUGCCUGUGGCUCUGUAAACCCUGGUAAUGUCAUCACAGCAGCUGACUUCCUCCAGACAGCCUCCCUUGGAAGAGUCCAGAUUCAGAACCCCUCACAGUGUGACGUGGUGAAUGACUGUGCUUCCAACCCAUGCCAGUUUGGCAGUACCUGCAAAGAUGACUUGGGUCUCUACAUCUGCCUUUGUUCCUCUGGCUUCACCGGACUACACUGUGAGAUUAACAUCGAUGACUGUGGAACACCAUCACCCUGUGAGAAUGGUGGCAGCUGUGUGGAUGGUAUAGGAACUUUCUCUUGUCAAUGUCCAUCAGGAUUCUCAGGACAGCUGUGUGAGCUUGAACAAGUCGAUGGUGGUUGGACUGCUUGGAGUGACUGGAGUGUCUGUAGUGUAUCCUGUAAUGGUGGUACUCAGUCACAUCAACGUACUUGUACCAACCCCCAACCAGCUCAUGGAGGUAACCCUUGUGUUGGCGCUCUCACUGAAACCCAACAAUGCAACAUUGGACCAUGCCCAAGCUGUAAGAUCUUGACACACCCGUUGAAUGGAGAGCUACACUGCGAGACUGUCGGUGAAGAGCAGAAUUGUACCAUCUCAUGCCUCAAAGGUUAUGGCUUCAGCAGGACUAUUCUGCCAGCUUAUCGCUGUGGUCCAUCUACCAACUACCAGUGGUCACAUGAAACGGAUGUGAACCCAAGAGUCAACUUCCCCAAGUGUACAGUCUACAAACCACCGUCCAAGUUUGACUUGGAGUUAGUCAUGGAAUACGACAACUUGGUGUGUAACGGAAUCGAUGUGGCCAAGGAUAACAUGGUAUAUCAGCAAGUCAGUAACGCAGUUACAUCCAGUGUCAACUCUAUCAAGUGUGUCAAGGACAAUGCCUGCGCUGUCAAGCAGUCUAAGGUUAUUGGCUGUAGUCCCUCUGGAAUUCAACCACAAAGCCGACGGCGUAAGCGGUCAGUUGAUGAGAAUUGGAUUAAAGUCAGCAUCAUAUUGGAGCAUGAUGUGUACAUCCCAGAUACCCACAACCUCACUAAUGAACAAGUGACAAAUCAGAGCAGUUCUGUGAGAGCAAUCAGUGAGCUUCAGGAUGGUGCAAGUUAUCUCGUCAACCAGACAGUGGGUGGUCACUUUGCCAUCAGCAUUGACAGUGACACAUAUGACAUUGACCCAAAUAAGUCUUUGAGCUUUGGUGUGCCUGUCUGCCCAUCCGGAAUGGUUCGUGUUGAUCCGGAGGACGCACGAUGUGUUCCUUGUUCUUCUGGUACAUUUGAUGAUGGAGACGCCUGCCGAGAGUGUCCCACUGGAACCUACCAGUCACAAGAGGGCACUACACUCUGCCACAGCUGCCCGCGGGGAUUUACCACUCUGUAUACUGGAUCAGUCAGCAGAGCGGAGUGUAUCCGUCUGUAGUGAACCACAUGUGGGCCACCCAGACUGCCAUGUCGGAAUUUUACCUAACUUCGGUAACUUCUACCUAACCAGUUAAAAUAUGUGAAGAAAACAAAAUCGUGCACUUUGAACUGGUUGCAAUGUUUGAAACUACACAGACUCUAUUACUGGAUAAACCAACAUAAUCAAGUUAAAGAGAUUGUGCGAGCCUUAUCUACUCAAGAGUAUCAUUAGGAUUAUUCUUUUCUCAUAUCAGGUUAAUGAAGUAAAACAUAUAACAGGUUAACAGGUAGGAAGAAAAACAGUGGAUUGAUCGUACAAUACCAAAAUAUCAAGCCAAACAGCCUAUGACAAAAGUAAAUCAUCUUACUUUCAACAAGGUUUAAAGCCAUUAUACACUCUCGGUAAACAGUAUUGUCCAAG